AUGUCCAAGAUUGUGAGAUUCUUUCUUGGAACAUCAUCAUUGGUGGCAGUCCUCUUCUUCUAUCUCGCUGGUUCUGGUAUUCCUAAAACCCUCUCGCCACAAGGAUGUCGCAUGUCAUGGAUGUCACCUUCGUAUGUGCUUCAGAAUCACUUCAACUCUAGUUGGAGUCCCCUAGCGCAUAGGUAUUCACUAUGGUUGUAUCGAGAGGUUGCAUGGGAUCCUAUUCAGUCAGAAGGAGUGAGGCAGGGCUCUUUGCCUGUGCUGUUUAUUCCAGGCAACGCCGGGUCUUCACGCCAAAUUCGAUCAAUUGCAUCGUCUGCUUCGAAGCAAUACUUCUCUGCCCCUCAUAUAAUUUCUCCAGUCUUUAUUACGCGCCCUUUGAAGCCGUUGGAUUUCUAUGCUGUGGAAUUCAAUGAAGACCUUUCCGCAUUCCAUGGAUCAACCCUUGAAUCCCAGGUAACAUAUACCAAGGCGGCCAUCAAAUACAUACUCUCUUUAUACCCCCCAAAAACCUCUGUCAUCGUUAUGGGACACUCUAUGGGAGGCAUUGUCGCUACCGCGCUACUGCCGUCAGAUGAAAUAUCCGCCGUAAUAACCAUGUCAACGCCCCAUACCCUACCGCCAGCUCGAUUUGACUCUCGUAUCGACGAUCUCUACCAAAUGUUACAGCGGACCCUUGAGGAGGAUCAUACUCCAAUAGUUUCUAUCUGUGGAGGUGCAGCAGACUUGAUGAUUCCGUCUGAAUCGUGCAUUUUACCAAUGGCUAGAAAGGAUAUAUUCAGAAGGACAGUCUUUUCUUCUGCUUUGGAAGGUGCAUGGACUGGCGUAGGGCAUCAAGCAAUGGUUUGGUGUCAUCAGGUCCGUUGGAGAGUCGCUCGAGCUGCUCUUGAACUUGGUGCAGCGAAAUCUCUAGAAGCGAGGGCAAUCGUACUUGAUACAUGGCUACGAAAUGGCCAUUCUCCUCCAACAAUUGCUAGAGUUGACGGCGAAUUCGAAGUCUUGCUGAAAGAUACGACAUCUCUUCCGAUAGGAAAGCAGCUGGUUUUAAAAAACCCGAAUACCAUGAAGACAUAUUUGUUGCCUGUUUCUGAAGAUUCUUUUUUUGCUCAAAAACUUACUCUGCUGGUAUCUCGUGGUACAAUAGCUCCAGUAUCACCUCAGAAGGCUGUAGCACUAACAGUCGACGUCUCCACUUGUUCUAAAUCAAUCACAUCUGUGCAAUGUGUGCCUCUUCAGCCAGAGACGUUAAAACUUAUACCCAAUCCUGUCCCAGGGGUAGAGUUUCCUGCAUCGGAGGGCGCAGAUGAAUCUGAAGGCGUCGUUCUAUUUGAGGCUUUCGUACCUCGAAGGAGUAAUCACCAUUGGAUUGGCAUUGAAGUCAAGAAUGCAGAUGGUCGAGGCUGGGUGAAUGCAGGUCUUGAUUCCAUCAAACCCAAUAUAAUUGAGGCAAAUACUUGGUCUUUGCUUACUAGAUCGAUAUCGAUAUCGAUACCUAAUCAUGAAGGAUUGAGUGUUUCAUACACGUUUCCCAAUAUAUUAUCGAAUGCCCUGGUUGUUUAUCGCAUCGUACCCAAGAGGAUUACAAUGCCUUCUUGUACCGAGGCAUUAAUGCCACCUUUACUAAUGCAUACUUCAGGAACAGAAGAAACUCACUACUUCUCAUUGGCACAAGUUCCCAAUAAACGGAUCUUGCUUCACACUCAUACGGCUGCACCUUUUAUUGAUAUAUCCCGACAUCCGCCUUCUGUGUUGAAUUUUACCAUUUAUUCCUCUGCGGAGCCUGACUGUAGGGACGAAUUUUCCUCAUUCAACCUCGACAUAGAUUGGUUUGCAACGAUGGGUCGAUGGGCUUCUCGGUAUUUGACGACUUUGGUAGCCUGGUCGGCUGGCGUCGCAACAAUUAUCAUUUUCCUGGCAUGGUCUCAGCAAGAGUCGGAUCCAAACGGGUUGAUUCCUGGUAUUGGAGAAAGCAUAUCCCUUUACACACGACUCUUAUUUCGCUUUCUUCUUCCGGGAUCUUUUUUUCUGGCUACUUUGCCACUUCCAGUGAUGCUCUACCUGGGCAACAAUGGGACAUUUUUCUUAACACUCUUAGCACCACUUCUCUUGUUUGUCGCAAGCGGAACUGUGUGUGUUAGUUGGUGGCUGUUAUGCGUACUUCUCGCCAUCACCGGCAAAGUUGGUGUUUUUGUGUUUGGGAGUCGACGCGAGAAUGUUGGUGUACCUGGAACCACGUUACUUUCUUUGGCGAUCAUCUGUGCCGCCAUCUUCCUUUUCAUUCCUUGGCAAGUUGCUUAUCUAGGUUGUUGGGUGCUGCAUCUCUACACUUGUGCUUCUUUAAUUCAACAGCAAGCGAAUUUGGAACAUCACACUGACGCAGUACCCCUCGUCGAUCGUUCUGGUAGACAGGAUGCCAUAGAGUAUCAAGGAGACCGGACGCUUGACCUGCGUCAGAAAAAAAAUAAUAACCUUAACCUCAACAUCCAUAUAUUACUACUUAUGACAUGGUUACUGCCAUUGACCGCUCCAGUGCUUGCUGUGUGGGUACGGACACUACUAUCUGCUGGCUAUACCACCCCCUUCGAUGGAGACCAUAAUUUUGUUGCUGUACUGCCGUUCCUUAUGUUUGCUGACUUUGCGUCACGGACACCCGGUCAAAUAUUCGAUAGAAGAAGUUUCGAACGACGUGUGUCAUUCCGCUGGUUGUUCGUUGCGCUGGCAGGAACAGCCUUCCUUUUUGGGUCUCGAAGGCCAUACUUAAUCCUUGACUGUGGCCGGAUUGUUGUUUGGAUUUUAGUAAUCUGUAAAAUUGGUCCGCGUUAUUGGGGAGGUUCACCAUGGAAGUUUGGAUAG